GCGAUGAGAAGGAAGGCGGUAGCCUCCCUUUCCCGGGAGCCUCCGGCAGUUUUGCUGCCCUGUGUUGUGAACGUCGCCUUCCUGUUGCGUUUGCGCAGCUGUUAGCUUCCCAGAGCGCGGCCGGAGCCAGGAUCGUCUAUACUCGGGACGCGUGUGUGGGGGGAGUGUCCGGUGUAGUCUAGUUUCUUUCGGCCUCAGCCCCUGCAGCCUGCCCUUGAGAAGGGGGCUCCUGGUGAGGGCGAUCCAGGUAGAAGAGCUGGGCCUGGUUCCCCGCCUGGAGGGGGCUCCGCAGCCCAGGAGGAAGCAUGGCAACGCCUGGGAUGCUGGAGACCAAGGACUGGGCGCGGCUCCGGCAGCUCAACCUGGUGCUCCUGAGGCAGCUGCGGGUCGGACAAGAUGCUGUGCGGCGGUCGGUGGCCAAGGCAGCCUCAGGGUCAGCAUGGGACUCCAGCAGCAGCUGCGACUCCCAGGAGGCGUCCUUGAUGGCCCCGAGAGCCUCCAGCCUUCGGGAUACCCACCAGGGUGACCCCUGUGAUAUGUCGCGGCCUGGCGGGGCCAGCUCUGGAGUGACGUCUCUCCCACCUGCCACGCACCGACACCUGCCGUCCCUGGGUUCACUGAGGCCCUGCUCGGCCCCCCCACUGGCCGUCUCAGACCCAGAUGACACAGAACUUUCAGGAGAGCUGGACAGUCCAGGACCUCAGGAGGCCCAGGCCCAGACCUCCAUCCUGGGUCAACAAAGCAGGCUGUCCAAGCCAAGAGUGACCUUCAGUGAGGAGUCUCCAGUGCCUGACAAGAGUUGGCGCCUCAGACCAUACUUGGGCUACGAUUGGAUUGCAGGGUCUCUGGACAGCACCUCGCCCAUCACCAGCAAGCCCGAGGCCUUCUUCGCGGAGCUGCGGCAUUUCCGGGAAGCCAGCAAGGAGGAGUGCGUUCACAGGGACCCCGAGCCCCAGUUCCUAGGCCUCCGGGAGAGCAGUGGGGAGGAGCGAGACCACGAAUGCGUGUACUGUUACCGUGUCAACCGGCGCCUCUUUCUGGUACCUUCGGAUCCUGGCACCCCCUGCCGCCUGUGCAGGACACCCCGGGACCAGCGGGGCCCCGAGACCCUGGCGGAGCCCGCACAGGUCAGGGUGAGCGUCCCACUGUCUGUUCUGGACCCGCCGCACCAGCACCGCAUCCACCGGCGGAAGAGCUUCGAUGCCUCCGACACGCUGGCCCUGCCCCGGCACUGCCUGAUGGGCUGGGACAUUCUCCCUCCGAAGCCUGAGAAAAGCUCAGCCCCCAAGAGCCUCGACCUCUGGUCCUGUGUCUUCUCCGAGCCCCAGCACCGGAAGCUGUUGGCUGCCAGCCCUUCCCACCCGGUAUGGCCCAGGGUACCCCAGGAGGGACAGAUGCCUCGGAGUAGGCCUGGGGCAACACGAGUCCCACCUUCUACCCCAUUCUGGUCGGAACUGCAGCCCCGCGCCCCCCGGCUGAGGCCCUGAGGACUGGCCACCCUGAGGAAGAGUGAGCCCCUGUCAUCCCCUCUACUCCCUCUCCUCCGGCUGGGCGCCCACCAGAGGGGGGCCCUGCCUGGCUUUAGCUGGAGGUGAACGCAGGCCCCACCUUCCUGGGCCGGGCAGGUGGGACGGGCCCAGGCCUUUCUUCUUCCUGGAGACAGAGGUGGGGACUCCAGGGUUGGGGGGCAUGUUUGUAAAUAAAGCUUGGUGCUCUGUGCAGCCCCGAU